AUGAUUCACAAUUUCAGCCUGAGAAAAAUGAAUAGUGUAAAGAACCAAAUGGUGCCUGCCAUGUUGGAGAUGCAGACGGCCCAGGUGGCCCCAGUGCACGCCACAAGCAACAACACACAAAUGUGCGUAGGGAAGGAAGACAUUAACAACAUUUACUUGGACAUCCUAAAUAUACAUGACUCGAUUGUGAAUCAUUUACAAACGAUAACAAUUCAGGUUUAUAACAUGGUGGAGCAGUCUAUACUCUCCUCAUGUAGGGAAGACUCAUGUAAAGAAUUACACACUGGAGGAGCCCACACACAACGUACCGGCCCUACCCCUAUGGCUUGCUGCAUUAAUGUCACCAAUGAUGAAGGGAGUGACUCAGCAAGAGGGGGUGUUGUGUCUUUCUCAAAUGGAUCCAUGCGUACCCAGGGACAGCAGCCUUGUACACAUGUAGACACAACAUCACACGUAAAGAUAGAAACAGCGGAAGGAAAUAACAGUAGUCCUUCUGAGCAUGAAAAUGUAGGGCACGGAAGGAUGCAAAGUAAUGAGGUGGACAGACUAGUGAACAGUUUGGAACAGGGCAUGAUGGACCCAACCCAGCACGGAAGAAUUAACAACACCGUAAAUACAUAUAUGCAUGGGGAAUGUAACGAAAGGGAAGAAAAUAUUCCAUCGAGUGGUAGUGCAAACGAGUUGAAGUGCUCUAAUGAGCUAGCUAAAAUGACAUCCAAUUACGAUGCGCCAGUAGAGUUAAUCAUUAACAAAAUUGAACCCAAGGGAACCAAACGUGAAAUGUUCCAUGAGGAGAAUACGCACAAGGGUGACCAAACAAAUGUAGAACAAGUGAUAAAGGAAAAUAAACUAAACCUGAGGAAGCACAUUGUCCUGAUGGAACUUUUAAAGUACGUCUUGGUGCACUCAAAUAAUUCACAAGCUGAUUUGCAUAAAGACAAAAUUGUGAAUUCACAAAUGAGAGGUAACAAUGACAUGCACAAGUUAAAAAGGGAUCCCGAUUUUUUAAAAAUGAAUUUAAACUCAGGUGAGAGCAUCUGCUGUGAUCAGAAUUUUUCAAAGGUGGACUUGUCCAGCAUUAACAUUAAGUACCUUAAUAUUAUAAGCUACUACAUGGACUUACUUUCCCCCUUCAAUAAGUUCCACGGGGAGAAGCGGGCUGGCGACGGCAAGUGCGCGCCAACAUGGGUCGAUGCAGAUGAUGACGUGGAUGGACGCGAGCAGCUCACUCUUGUGAGGAAGAAGCUGGACGACCUUGCACUCAAUUAUGACGACCUCGUGGAGGAUAUCCUACAGAAUAACAACGUUAACGGUUUUACUGAAAGCUACUUGUACGCUUUGAAGGAUAAAAUUCUGCAGGGGGAAUUUACACACGAAGUAGCAACUGGCAUGCCUGGGGGAGAUCCGGAAAGGCUCAGCAGGAUCCUCCUGAGUGAUCUUAAGAGGCAACCAAAUGGGAAUGAGCACAGUGGACUGUACGUCACGGAUACUUCCAUUGGGAGUGGUGCCGUUUUAGACAGACACACCCCAUAUAGCCAUUUCUCGCAUGCCGUCGCAAGCGGUAGUGAACGUCCCAACGAGGACUUCCUGCGUAGCGUGAACCCCUUCCCUGGUGGCAACAUUCAGAUGGGGGAAGUUCCAAAUUGGGCCCCCUCCAAUGGGAGUAAGACAAGUAUGGCAACUCUAGCCCAUAGACCUGGCAGAAAUAACCCAAUUGGCCAAAAAGCCGUCCAUCACAACAUCUGCGUGCCGAAGGGCUAUACCUUCACGGAGGAAGGAGGGGCCCUGUACAGUGGGAGAAGGAGAAGCGGUGAUGAGAAUCUAAACGCUUACGACAACAUGAUGUGUGACAGUGCGCAGAGUUACCAUCAUCUCUACAAUAACAACGAUGGAGGAAGUACCUCUAAUCAUAUUAGUUCAACAGACAUGAAUUACGCGCACGUAGUAGGGGCGGGUCUUCCAGGGGUGGGGGUAAAACAUUUGGUGAAACAAAUUUCGAAGGAACACACGGAGAAUUCAAAGAAGCCAAUUUUUGAUGACACCAUGAUGAAUUAUGAUCCCUACUCUGCACCCACCAUGUACAUACAGGAGAGUAAUUUCAAUCCGCAAGACAAAUACAAUAAAAAUGCGCACGAUCCUUAUGGGCAAUAUUAUAAGGGGGGGUAUUAUUAUGCAGGGGGGAAAGAAGGCUUCAUCAAUUAUCCAGGUAAUUUUAAAAAUGGCCUAAAAAUGGAAGGGAAAGGAGAAUACGUCAUGGGCGGAUCAGAAAAUUUCACGUGUGCAGGUCAGAAUUAUUCGAAUGAUACGCACAGUGGCGAUUUGUGGGGGUACCGCCACCAUGUCGGUAGUACGCUUCAUGAGCAGGGGAGGGAUCAUUACGAUGCGAAUGACCCACGCAGAUUGUCACCAGGAACAAGAAUCAUCCCACAUGGGGAACAGAAUCAGGAUGUCGCGUUUGCCUGUCCCCCUCAGAGGAAUAUAAAAAAUGGAACAAAACUGAAAUUCGUUGAUGGGGUGGCAGGGGGGGAGGCAGAUGCGAGGGGAAUGAAACACCUUGAAGGGGAUAAGAGUGGUGAAGACGAGGAGGACAAUUCGAAUACUUCACAUCCGCCACAUGCUCAAAGCGGAAACAGCGAGGUGCGUCAUCACCACCAUGGGGAUUCCAGAAGGGGCGCGGAAAAGACAUACUCCAAAGUGAGGAGCAACAAAUGUGAUAGCAGUUACUACACAAACGACAAGCACUUCUUCAGUGCUAACCCUAGCUUUGAUGAUUGGGCAAAUGAUGAAGGUGCGUAUGCACACGGCUUUAAUGCCAAUAGUGGAAAUCUUUACAGUGGAGGUGAAUUUAAAAGGACGAUGUUUGAUGGGCAAUUUUAUAUGCAAAACAAAGGAGGAGAGCAGAUGGACAAUGCUUUCCUGAACAGGGACAAGGACUCGUCGAUGAGGAAAAUGCCCACGAGUUCUUUUGUCGAGUUACACCACACAAAUGGCAAAGAUAUUCUGGGUACACAAUUAUGUGAUUACUUGUGCAGGAGCAACAGCCUCAGUACUUAUAAUAGGCCAUCGAGUAGCUUUUCCCUUUAUGCGCAUCGCCUUCGGGAUGGGUUGCCCAGCUGGGACCAGCAAAAUCAUAAUAGCCGUACCAACGGAGGCACAAAUUAUACGUGCGGUAAAAAUAGGCAAAGCAAUGAUGAACAGAGCAACGGAAGACACAAUAACGACACGGAUGGAAGAGGCAGCAAUAAUGGAGGGAGGUACAGGCACAGUGGCGGCGGUGGAAACAACGGAGUUAGCCGAAGCAAUGAGAGCGGCAGUAAUGAUAACGAUGGUGAUGAGGACAAAAAUGGGGACCGUCGACAUAGGGGGAGAAAGGAUUAUUACGAUGACAAGGAAGACGAGGAAGAGGAAAAUGAAAAUGACGGACGUGGCAAGGACCAUUGUGCCGACCAUACCAAUCAACACACUUUGCAAAAUGGUGGAGAAAAACGAACAAACAAUCAGCGUAAUAAUUCUGAAAAUGCUGCUCAUGAUCCUAAUGCACAUUCGCUCAGGAACGAAGGGGUGGAAUCCUUUCUGCAAGAUCACCAACUGAUGGAGUCAAACAUAGACAGAGCGAAGUAUAAGGGGCAUGGGAACAGUUCGGGGGCCCCAAACCGGGUCGGAGUGCAGCAGAGCACGGGCGUAGCUGGCGGGGCGAAUCGAACAAGUCGGCCUAGCCAAUCGGGCCUCCCUGACAGUGCCACAUUGGGCAGCUCGUGUAAUUUCAUUCCCUUUGGCGGCCAAGUCAGCUUCCCUGACCCAGCCAACUACGGCCAUUAUGGGGGGUUCGAGAAUUUUGCAAACAACUACGGUGGGUAUACCAACUUUGGCGACCGCAGUUAUGGAAGUUACUCCAACUGCGGCAAUUUCUGCAGCUCGUACAGUAGGGGUAGAGAUGGCAGGGGCGACAGGGUAGUAGGGAGAAGUGCCCUAACGCAUAGCAGCACGGAGGCGUCAGAUGAAUUGAGGAUUCGAACCGGUGCAGGUUGUCCUGUGGGCCCAAACGACCAGGUGCAGUUUCACAACCAGGGAAAUAAGCCGAUUCGCAGCCCGAUGAGCAGCCCCAUGAAGAACGAAAUGUACGCCCCGAACAGCGCAGGGGAAAGAAACAGAAGGAACUCUAAACCGCGCAUGGAGAAAAUGGUCGAGAAAAACGAAAGCAUGGAACAUGAUUUAAUGAACUUCACAAACAGUGCAUACGUGGACAUACACAAAAUAAUACGAAAUGAUGAUUUGUUGAAGAAUGAGUUGUCCGGAUUGGAAGAGUCUCUCAAGGUAGCCAAUGCAGAGACAAAAGGUGGUAAAAAAAAUACAGCCAAAUAUAACUCCAAUGAAUUAGAAAUUUUAAUGAUGUAUGACAGUUGCAAAAGCAUGCUUAAGUCAUGUAAUAUGUUACGGAGUGAAGAGUUAAAGAAUACAGAUGGGGAUGAGUACCUGGUUAAUGAGAAGUGUAUCCCGGCCAACGUUUUAACAAACAGUGAUAUGAUGAGCGACAGUUUGAAUGCGGACAUAGAAAAAAUAAUUGACAUAAUGAGCACAAACAUGCAGGUAAAAAGCAAAGACAAGAAGAGGAAGCUGAGCUCCAUCAGCUGUCCCCCAAACGACCGCACAUUUCCCAACGGGGAGAAGAAAGCAGAGUGUGUAGGGGACAAAUGUAACUCCAAAAAAAUGCCAAGAAAUUCUGAAGACAAAAGGAAAAAGUACCAAAAAAUGGAUAUAAGGACACUAAACAAAAAUGUGCAGAAAAAUAAAGAGGUAUGUAAAAAUUGCUACAUCCAUUAUGAUAAUAGCAAAUGCAGUUACAUACUGACUUUCAUAAAUAGGAAGCAGAAGAAACAAAGGAAACUCUUCCCCGUCAAUCCAAGCGAAAAGGAUGAGGCCUACGUCAUUCAAAUUAUGAAUUAUAUUGAGAAACUAAAGGAACAGGAAAAAAUUUUUGGAAUUAGUAAAAAUGACGAAAUGGGGGCCCUGCAAAGGGGAGAAGCUGCUAAUCUGCAAAGAAGUGAGGGAGGAAAAAGCGGCUCAGACAGACGCAAUUACGACAAAGAUCAACAGGGGCAGAAAAAACACAUGGCCAGCGAACCAUACGCAGAAGGACACGUUCCAAAGAAAAACGAAAUGUGCUCAACCAACCUAAAUUUGUUAAACAAAAAAAUGAAUAACUUUCUAAGUGGCAUAAACGAUCAGAUGUACAUGGAUCCCCAAAUGAAUUUCAUCCCAGAGCAGCACCUGCCAUUUGUUCAGAACGUAGGAGGAAAUCCUAAUGUGAACCACGUGAAUUUAUAUGACGAUGUGAAUACCCCAUCUGGGGUUGAUUACAUGAACUUUAAUUUACUCAACGAUGGGAACUCAUUUGAAAAUCUACACCUAAUGAACCCAUGCACAAACAGCGUCCAAAAUUUAAACCCUUUUUUUAAGAUGCAUUCCAAGAAGGGUGAUUUCUCCACCCAGAUGAAUGACCAAUAUGUGGGGGAUGUCAUGGGGGAAAUCGCACGAGGAGAGGUCAGCGCAGGGGGAGGAGAUAGUGUUCAUGGAGGGGUGGCCACAGAUAUAAAUAACAACAGCAGCAGUUGCCGGAACAUCACUUCAGGAAUGAACAAUCUUGAGGGCCGGCGAGGGAAUAGAGGUGGCUGUCAGGUCAGUGGGGGCAGCCACAACCGUGGGAGCCCCUUCACACCCAACGUGUACGAAAAUGCCAUGAUGCAUCAGACCAUGAAGAACGUCAUGUACCAAGGUGAUAAUAACCAGGCGAUAAAUCACCAGAAGGCUCGAAGUAGUGGCAGCCCUACAAACCCUAACGACCAAUUCAGCCCCAUGAAUAUAUUCACCAACCCAAAUUUCUCCAACUACAACCAGAGUAAUAUGGCCAAUAGUUGCGAAAGCGAAAUGAUACAUAAUUACAAUUCAGUGAUGAAUGAGUAUGGGGAUAGCAUGCUCGUGGACUCAACCUACGACAGCGACCGUGUCGCUGCAGGAGGGCGUACCAUGCAGAACAACGAGUGA